CUUGUAUGCAGAAAUUGAGAUGUCUUCAGAAGAGGCCAGGAGUGUGGUGGGGAGUGAAGUGAUGCCUUUGGAGUAUGGUAGUAUGGAUAUGGAGAGCAGUUCGUCUUCAACGAGUUCGGAGAGGACGGUGGAGGAGAGGAGGGAAGAAGUAGUAGUAGAGGAGGAGGAAGAGGAGAUCCCCUCAAACGUGUUAGAAUCUGGGGGUGGCGUAGAUGGGUGCUAUGACCCGGACUUAGAGAUAGUUUCUGAGGUGAGGGGGUAUGUGAGCGAAUUAGGUAGUAGGAGUAGCCUUAGGGGGUUAGUGGGAAACUGUAACCUUCCCCACCAUGUCCUAAUCCGGCCGGUCGGGGUGAAUGAGAAGGCAUGCUCAGCACCCCGAGACCAUUGGAUGCCCAUAUACCUGUAUUAUUUGAUUGCAGGGCUUAGGUUUCCCAUUCCAGAAUUACUGGUUGGGCUUUUAUUAGAUUAUAGUAUAGGAAUAACCCAGCUAACUCCCAAUGCCAUGAGGGCUGGGGGUAGGGGGGAGAAGGGAUGGUACUACUUCGGCCCUCGGUCGUCCAGCAAAGGGAAUAGGACUUUAUUCUCUACUGGACCGUCAUCCAUCAAAGGGUGGAAAGAAAAAUUCUUCUUUGUGGACGACACCGAGUGGAGUAGGAGGGAUGCCGAAGUGGAACAGUUGUCUGCUUGGAAAGCUAAGAAAACCAAGCAGAACAACUAUAAGUUAAAUGAGGAUGAGGUGGGGGAGGUGGAGAAGCUGGUGAGGGAGGACGGAGACGUGGUGGACAUCCUAUACCUCACCACUGAGAUGGAGGAGCUUACCAAUGCUGCUGGGGGGCUGCGCAUCCCAAAGAAGCCAAGGAAGAAGUCAAUGACUUCAGCUGCGGCGAACAGAGGGGUGCCCGAGAGAGAGCGCCUGCCCAGCACUUCUGCCCGGGCCAUGGAGGUGCAGCCAAGGCCGGAGCCUGUGAUGGGGGGCAGCGAGGAUGUAAGCGAGGAGACGGCACCGCUCCAGAGGAAGAAGAGGAGGGUGGCAGAGUUAGAAAGCAGGGAGGAUGAGGUGGUGGAGUUCGUGCCUCAACCUUCUCCUCCAGAAAUCGAUCCUGAGGUCUGGGAGAGGGAAGAGGCCGAGGUGCAAGGCCUUAGUGGGGGCAGGGAGCGCACCCCACCCCACGCGUACCAGAAAAGUUUGUUUGAGGCGACAAACAUGACUGGGGCGAAGCACUUUCUCAACGCUACACUUCCUGUCGUGGAUAGGAUGCAAGCGAAGAACGAGGUGCUUAGCCAUGCGGGGUAUACCGUUGUGAGGCAUGCCUUAGAGCUGGACAAACGCUCUAGCGCAGGAGUAUACAGAGAGCGUUAGAGAUCGUGCCAGCUUGCAGAGGCAGUG